AUAUCUCUGGAAGCUGCUAGUCCCCAAUGGCACUGUUCAUCGCAUCCUUCGGCCCCUUACAACGUCUUGGUAUCCCCCAAGGGCGAGGUUACCCUCAUCGAUCGGCUUCAUCGUAAAGUCUUCAAUUUGGCUUUGCCUAAGAAGACCCCUCGGGUCACAG